AUGCAUAUUAGUCUAUUUCGAUGGUCUUUCUUACUUACUAAAUCAUUUAAAGCGGACAUAUACUACUAUAAUGAUCCGGCGUGCAACCAGUUUAUUACUGAACCAUCUGUGAAAAAUGGAUCUUAUUACUAUGGAUAUUUCUCGAUUCCGUUUGAAAAUGGAUAUAAAUUAAUUUUACCUUUGUCAAAUGACACAAAAAAAUAUGGAAAUCGUGGUGGACUACAAAUUGGUUUUCAAUUUAAUAUUCUGGAUAAAAAUACUAGUUCAAGUAUUUCCGUUCAAGUUUCUGACUCAGGGAAUAUUUCUUCAAUAUUUUUACAAUCAGUUGCACAAGCUAAUACCUAUCAAAUUCGCGUAGGAGAAUCUUCUUACCUUUAUUUGGGCCGAAAUCUCAGGCAAUUUAUUAUCCAAAACUGGAAAUCCAUUUUUGGAUUUCAACCUGAUUAUGAUAUAAAACCUUAUUUAACGUCAAGAAAAUAUAUCGAACGAAUGCAUUUUAAUAGUUUGACGUUUAUUAUUGCCAAGGCAGAUUAUGAUAUAACUACUGUUGAAACAGAACAAAGAACGCAUACAGUUUUGAAUUCUCUUGGUUUACUUGGUGGUGCAUGGUCACUUGCUAUUGUUGUCUAUAAAUUACUUUAUGGUGAUGAUGUAGUUCGGCCUUUUGGAUUAGUUCACAAACAUGGUCAUUUCCAUAAGCAAACUAAAGAAAAGUUAGCUAAAUUCUUAUCCACAUAUCCUUUAGUUCAACAUCCGGAAUCAUCCAUCGAUAUUAAUGAUAAUCCUGUUGAACGAUUAGAGAGAAAAAUCAAUGAUUUUGAACUAUUUUUAAGAGAUUAUGUAGUUGAGGCACAGCAAUUAGAUAAGGCUAAUAGAAGUAUUGAAAGUACUAAAGAUAAAUAG